UUACACACCUAACUGGAAUCUGACUGUGCCAAAUUCAAAGCAUUAAAUAAAAUGGCUAUGCUUUCACUGUUUCCAUUGUUAUUUGGUAUUUUAUUUUUCAAGCAUGUCUCUUUCGAAUUCUUUUUCUUCCAUUCUUCUGUGGAUUGCAGAAUCAGCUCGUCACCAAAGAAACAGAGGCCCCAGAAGCGGAGAAGAUGGAUAUGUACAUUCGUGUUAAGCGCAGCAAGUCAACAUACUUUAUCCGGUGCAAGCCAUCUGAUAAGAUAAUUGGAAUAAAGCAGAAGUUGGAGGAGAUCAUUGAUCAACCUGUCAGUGAUCAGCGAUUUGUUCUACCAGGUACAGGGGAAAUAUUAGAGCACAUUAAGACACUUGCAGAUCAAAAGGUCGAUAGUGAUGCUGUGGUGGCGCUGACACUUAGAAAAGAUGUUAAUGAGUUUGAGGAGGUCAACAUUGUUGGGCCAAACGAUUUCUACCAGUCCCGGGAUGCAGAUGAUGCCAAUUGGUGAAAACUGAAAAGCCAUAUUGCAACUAAGGCUUGCUCAUGCCAGUUGGCAUCAUUGGGUUCAUUUUCUGCUGCGC